GAAGUUGUUUCCACAGCUAGCUUCAUUUGCUAAGAAAAACGAUGUUUUUAAAGGGAAACCAAGGUUGAUUUGGUCUGUGGUGGGCACAGCAGGAAGAAGGUUGCUGCUGGCUGCUGGGUCCUGCAGAGCAGAGGGGCUGUGCCAUCCCCCCUUUUGUCCUCUCAUGCCCUCCUUGUGUAUGUCUCCCAGUGUAUUGUUGACCCCACACCCCGCCCACCCCCUACCUGAUCUCCCCUGUCGUGUUGCCACUCAGACCUAAAGCCCCCCCCUAACCCCUGUCACCCCAUGCUUGGGACAACGCCAGCUCACUGCCAGCCCGAUGACUGCCUGGAUCGUCCUGCCUGUCAGCUUGGCUGCCUUCUCCAUCACAGGAAUAUGGAUUGUGUACGCCAUGGCUGUGAUGAAUCACCAUGUUUGUCCUGUAGAGAACUGGUUUUAUAAUGUAACGUGUGCAGAGGAGCUGCCCCGGCCCGGCUUCCCCAAGACCUGCUGCACUGUCCAGGACAUCCCCCUCAUCAGUAAAUGUGGCUCCUUCCCUCCUGAAAGCUGCCUGUUCAGCCUGAUUGGAAACGUCGGCGCCUUCAUGGUGGUGAUGGUGUGCUUCCUGCGCUACGCCCAGGUGAUCGAACACAGCCAUCAAUGUUGGAUUAACACCGGCGCUCUGGUGAGCGGCUGUGCCAACGCCGUAGGUCUGGUCAUGGUGGGCAACUUCCAGGUGGAUCACGCCAAAUCUCUUCAUUAUGUGGGGGCUGGCGUUGCGUUUCCAGCGGGGCUGCUGUUUGUGUGUCUGCAGUGUGUGCUCACCUACAGAGUGGCUGUGACCACCCUGGACUACUGGAUGGCUCACGUCAGGGUGGCUCUGGCUCUGGGAGCCAUGAUCUCCCUCGUCCUCAGCGGCAUCUUCUUCAUCCACGAGAGUUUCGUCCUCCAGCACGCCGCGGCCAUUUGCGAGUGGGUCUUCACCGUGGACAUCCUGGUCUUCUACGGCACGUUCACCUACGAGUUCGGCACCGUCACCACUGAGACCAUGAUGGCCGGCCUGCAGCAGAGCCACCACGGCUCGGGGGUGAUCAUGGACCCCAUGUCCCGGGCGUCCACGCUGGGCGGGACGACAAAGAGCCUGAAGUCCCCCGGAGGCAGCAGCACAUCCACACAUCUCAACUGUACCCCAGAGAGCAUAGCUAUGUUGUAGCUGGGCGCUGUGAAGUCUCUGCAGAGGUGGGCUGCCUCAGGAAUGACCCGAGCAGCGUGUGGUCAAAGAGCAGAUCCUUUUGAUGUUCAACCUUUAAACCCAAACCAGGCCUUUCUACUGGUAAUGCUCUAAAGUCGUUUUAUUUCCUCCCUCUGUCCCCCACGUUCAGCACAGGUUGCUACAGUUUCUGUAGUGCAGAUUGAAUGUAUGGAGCCAGUGUGAAAACUGGAGCCAUGAAUGUUGAUAUCAGCAAUCCUGCAUGAGAAAAGGGUGUUGCCUGAAUCAACAGGAGAAAAACAGAAAAUUCUUAAAUCCCUGACACUUUUAUCCCCCCCGACUCUCUCAGCCGAUGCUUUGCUUGGCCCACUGCACGGCACACCUCCUGAAUGGAACCAGUUUAUGUUGGAUUUUUUUGCAUCCAUAAAUAGAAAAUAACGAAUGUUGAGACGUGAAUAGUUCUAGUACGUUUUACAGGCUGUAAGCAUAGACUAUUUAACUAAUCAUGCAUAAACUACUUGAAAGAUAUUUUUGAUUAACCAUGAAAUUCAACUCACCUUUUUGUUUAGUUAUUUUGCACUCCUAAUUUGAAUGCAAGUAGUAUUUUUUUAAUGAUCUUUACUAAAUAAGUAGGUUAAUCCCAAACUAUACAUUUGUUCUGUUCUGACUGGCUUUAAGCUGUCGUUACUCUUCCUCACACUGCAUGAUCUGUUUGUUUGUUGCAUAAAGAAAUGAGGAACAAUCAUCCAAUAAUUUUCACUCCACUGGAGUGAACAAUGCCUUUUUGUUCAGUGUGCGAGACGAACGCAGAACUCGUGUUUCAGCAGAAUUAGUGACAAACGUCUGAAGUGGCUGAAAUCACAUGAUGUUAGUCGGUGUGUGAGGAUGAAACUUCUAAUCUGACUGGUGUAUUUACUCAAUCACAUGUCCACACACUGAUCUGAUUCCAGGCUGGAUCCUUGGAAGCCUUAUUUCAGUAAAAAAAAAAACUUUUUCUUUACGUGAAGCCGCCUUGUAAGUUGAAAGAGUUUUUCACAGAAGAGGCAGAUCUGUUUUUACACUCAGUGUUAUAAAAAAAAUACUGCCAUAAAGGUUAAUUUUGUUGAUUUUUUUUGUUUGUUUUUCCUCUUUUUUUCGUAUCACUUCCUGUGUCUUUAAAAUGAUCGAGCUGACUGCCACAAGCACUUAAUGAAACUAAAGCUACGACUAAUCUGGCCCAAUUAAAACAUCUGCUCAGAAUCACGGUAACGAGUGAUUUCUUAGUGAGAUUUUUGUUUUUAAAGCACAUUAACAGACAGUGUUCUGUCCUUACAGUCUUGGUAUGUUUUAAUUUAUAACACCAGAUACCAGCAAUAUACAUUUUGAAAAGGUCACGCCUCCUACCUCUUAGCUUUUGUGGGUUUGAUGUAAAAAGAAAAAAAAUCAAGGUGAAAGCUGCAGCUUUUUCCAUCUGAUUUUGGUUUUAAAUGUUUUUUUUUCCCUCAGUCUACAAACGUCUAAAGAUGUAUCAGCAUAUGACAGAAGUGUGGAAAGCUUUAUGAUUAUGUGGAGUUUUCACUGUUUACUCUGUUACAGAUUUGAUUUCCUGUUAUGUGUUGGCUUACAGCACACCUUGCCAAAAAACAACAAAGACUGGGAUCCACAGUGCUUUCUUCUACUGUUUUUGGGUUGUUUGUCAAAUGGGUUUGGAUUUAUGUCAAAUGCACAGUUUUAGCCUUAUCCUUUGUACUUUACCAGAUGAUUUUGUUUUAGUUUGAAACUUGUGUUAAGCUGUAGCCUAUUUCAUCAAUACUGUAACACAGAGUGAGUCCAAGUGGCAGCUUGUGUGAGACCUCACUCAGGGGGGUGGGGGGACCGUGUCUGUACCAUUAACACCAUCCUCCACAUGCCAAAUAUUGCAAUGAAAGGUGGAUUCUGUUUUUUUUUAAAUCAAAAUGUGCACUCCAUUGAGCUGUCUAAGACUAUUUAUGUGUGAUCCCUGUAUUUUAAAAGGUUGCCUGAUUUUAAUUUUUAUUUCACGUUUUGAUCACAACACAGAUAAGUCUAUAAAAUGUACUCUGCCUAUUUCCUUAGAAUCUGAAAUCUAUAUAAUAGAAUCAAGAGGCGUCUGAGAGAUGCCUGAAAAACAAGUCGACACAAAUGAUUUUUUUAUAAAUCCUGUAAAUAUGUAUGAUUUUUGUCUAUCAUUUAGGUAUUUUCAUUUGACAGAGACUUAUAUUCAAAUAUUAAAUAAAAAGGAUAAAUUAUUAGCAAA